GUGGGACCGUUAUCCUGGGAAGAUGCCGGUCGUGUCGAAAGGAGACGGGAUGCGGGGUCUCGCUGUUUUCAUCUCGGACAUCAGAAACUGCAAAAGCAAAGAAGCAGAAAUAAAACGAAUUAACAAAGAAUUGGCAAACAUCCGGUCCAAGUUUAAAGGUGACAAAACAUUGGAUGGCUACAACAAGAAAAAAUAUAUCUGCAAACUUCUGUUCAUCUUCCUCCUUGGUCAUGACAUUGAUUUUGGUCACAUGGAGGCAGUUAACCUGCUCAGUUCAAAUAAAUAUACAGAGAAGCAAAUUGGUUACCUUUUUAUCUCGGUCUUAGUGAAUUCAAACAGUGAGUUGAUGCAUUUAAUAAACAAUGCCCUCAGGAAUGACCUGGCCAGCCGUAACCCUAUCUUCAUGGGCCUGGCCCUACACUGCAUCGCAAAUGUUGGAAGCAGGGAGAUGGCAGAAGCUUUUGCUGGUGAAAUUCCAAAAAUACUGGUUGCUGGGGAUACUAUGGACAGUGCAAAACAGAGUGCUGCUCUGUGUCUACUGCGGUUGUACAGGACAUCUCCAGAUGUGGUGCCAAUGGGAGAAUGGACGUCACGAGUCAUUUACCUUCUGAAUGACCAACACUUGGGAGUUGUAACUGCAGCUACAAGUCUGAUCACUGUACUCGCACAGAAAAAUCCUGAAGAGUUUCAAACUUCUGUGUCCUUGGCGAUUUCAAGGUUGAGCCGGCUUGUAUCAUCUGCUUCAGCUGAUCUCCAGGAUUACACUUACUACUUUGUGCCAGCUCCUUGGCUUUCAGUGAAGCUUCUGCAGCUGCUGCAGUGCUAUCCCCCACCAGAGGAUCCUGCUAUUCGAGGGCGUCUAACUGAAUGUCUUGAAACUAUCCUGAACAAGGCCCAGGAGCCACCUAAAUCAAAGAAAGUGCAACAUUCAAAUGUCAAGAAUGCAGUCCUGUUUGAGGCCAUUAGCCUCAUUAUUCACCAUGACAGUGAACCGAACCUCCUUGUCCGUGCGUGUAACCAGCUGGGUCAGUUUCUGCAGCAUCGGGAGACCAAUCUACGAUACCUGGCUCUGGAGAGCAUGUGGCUGCUGGCUAGCUCUGAGUUUUCUCAUGAGGCAGUGAAGGCACACAUCGAAACAGUCAUCAAUGCACUCAAGACUGAGAGGGAUGUGAGUGUGCGACAGAGGGCAGUGGAUCUCCUGUAUGGGAUGUGUGAUCGCAGCAAUGCCCAGCAGAUCGUGGCAGAAAUGCUGAAUUAUCUGGAGAAUGCUGAUUAUUCCAUUCGAGAAGAAAUUGUAUUGAAAAUAGCAAUCCUGGCUGAGAGGUACGCAGUGGACUACACAUGGUAUGUCGACACCAUCUUGAACCUGAUCCGAAUCGCUGGUGACUAUGUUAGUGAGGAGGUGUGGUAUCGAGUCAUUCAGAUCGUUGUCAGUCGUGAUCAUGUACAGGGGUAUGCAGCCAAGACUGUGUUUGAGGUCCUCCAAGCCCCAGCUUGCCAUGAGAACCUUGUGAAAGUGGGUGGAUAUAUCUUGGGAGAGUUUGGAAACCUAAUUGCUGGUGAUCCAAGAUCCAGCCCUUUAAUACAAUUCAGUCUGCUGCAUUCGAAGUUUCACCUGUGCAGUGUACCCACAAGAGCUCUCUUACUUUCCACUUAUAUCAAGUUUGUGAACCUGUUUCCUGAGAUUAAGUCGACCAUUCAAAGUGUGCUCCGCAGUGACAGUCAGUUGAGGAAUUCAGAUGUAGAGCUGCAGCAAAGGGCAGUGGAGUAUCUCAGGCUCAGUUGUAUAGCGAGCACUGAUAUCCUGGCAACUGUGUUGGAGGAGAUGCCACCAUUUCCUGAGAGGGAAUCUUCAAUCCUUAACAAGCUGAAGAAAAAGAAGGAAUCCAGCAGCUUGGCUAAUGUAGAGGUGGUGAAGAAGGAACAGAAUGCUGAUGUUAAUGGUAGCUCUGAACCCACAAAUGUCAGCAAGCAAGCAGUGCCCACCAUAUCCCCAUCGACUGAUCUUCUGGGCCUUGGAUCAGUCCAUUUGGUGAACCCAGCCCUUACCUAUCCAUCUCAAGGUGGUUUAUUGUUGGACAUAUUCUCAAAUGUGAGCCCUGGGGUGAUCUCGCAGAUCACCAGUGCUGAGGACAGUUUUGGAAGGUUUAUUUGCAAAAAUAAUGGCGUGUUAUUUGAGAACCUGCUUUUGCAGAUUGGUCUGAAAUCUGACUUUAGACAGAAUUUGGGUCGGAUGUACAUUUUUUAUGGUAACAAGACUUUGACCAAAUUUGUCGGUUUUACUUCAGUGAUUAUCUACCCGGGAAACCUUUCAGCCAAACUGAAUGUUCAACUCAAGCCUGUCAACCCCACACUUGAAGGUGGUGCCCAGAUUCAGCAGACGUUAAACAUUGAAUGUAUCUCUGACUUUGCCGAGGUGCCAAUCCUUGGGAUCCAGUUCAGACAUGACGGUGUGCUGCAGAACAUCUCUGUUAAGCUGCCUAUCACAGUGAACAAGUUUCUCCAGCCCACAGAUAUGUCAUCUGAGGACUUCUUUCGACGAUGGAAGCAACUAAACAGCCCACAGCAGGAGGUGCAGCAGAUAUUUAAGGCAAAGUAUCCAAUGGAUCCAGACGUGACUAAAGCAAAGCUAUUGGGAUUUGGUCUCGCACUUCUGGAUGGGGUGGAUCCCAAUGGUGCCAAUUUUGUGGGCACUGGAAUUAUUCACAUGAGGAGCAUCCAGGUUGGAUGUUUGCUUCGCCUGGAGCCCAACACUCAGGCUCAGAUGUAUCGCCUCACUCUGCGGGCUAGUAAAGAAUCUGUAUCAAAGACACUGUGUGAACUGCUGUCAGAACAGUUUUAAUUACCUGAGCACUUCAACCCAUUGGGCCAAUAUGAGGACUUGGACUGUUAUGCUAAUACUUAACAGAAUUUAUGUGGAAAGUAGUUAUUUUCCUUUAGUAUUAAUGAUGUUUUCUCCUGCUGUACCUUCUUUUAUUUCUAGGACAGAAAAUGAGGGGGAAAAAAAAAGCUUUCUUAAAAGAAUUUAAUGAAUGUUCACUUUUCCAGCUUACCUCUACUUCAUUGUUACUGAGGUUGCUUUGGUUAAAGUGGA